CCGGAGCUCCCGGAAGUAGCCAGACCCCGAAGCGCAGGCCGAGCGCGCGUCCGUCAGCCCGUCGGUCCGCCGGUCCCGCCGUCCGUGAGGCUCGAACGGCGGCAGAGGCGCCCAUCAUGGCGACGUUCAUCUCGGUGCAGCUGAAGAAGACGUCGGAGGUGGACCUGGCCAAGCCGCUGGUGAAGUUCAUCCAGCAGACCUACCCGAGCGGCGGGGAGGAGCAGGCCCAGUACUGCCGCGCGGCCGAGGAGCUCAGCAAACUGCGCCGCGCCGCGCUCGGCCGCCCGCUGGACAAGCACGAGGGCGCGCUCGAGACGCUGCUGAGAUAUUAUGAUCAGAUUUGUUCCAUUGAACCCAAAUUCCCAUUUUCUGAAAAUCAGAUCUGCUUGACAUUCACCUGGAAGGAUGCUUUUGAUAAAGGUUCACUUUUUGGAGGCUCUGUAAAAUUAGCUCUUGCAAGCUUAGGAUAUGAAAAGAGCUGUGUGUUGUUCAAUUGUGCAGCCUUAGCUAGCCAGAUUGCAGCAGAACAGAACCUGGAUAACGAUGAAGGAUUGAAAAUCGCUGCUAAGCAUUACCAGUUUGCUAGUGGUGCCUUUUUACACAUUAAGGAGACUGUGUUAUCUGCCUUAAACCGAGAGCCUACUGUGGACCUAUCUCCAGAUACUGUCGGGACCCUCAGUCUUAUUAUGCUGGCACAGGCUCAAGAAGUAUUUUUUUUAAAAGCUACAAGAGAUAAAAUGAAGGAUGCCAUCAUAGCUAAGCUGGCUAAUCAGGCUGCAGAUUAUUUUGGCGAUGCCUUCAAACAGUGCCAGUACAAAGACACUCUCCCCAAGUAUUUUUAUUUCCAGGAGGUGUUCCCUGUCUUGGCUGCAAAGCACUGUAUCAUGCAGGCCAAUGCUGAAUACCACCAGUCUAUCCUGGCAAAACAGCAGAAGAAAUUUGGAGAAGAAAUAGCAAGGUUACAGCAUGCAGCGGAAUUGAUUAAGACAGUGGCAUCUCGCUAUGAUGAAUACGUCAGUGUAAAGGAUUUUUCUGACAAAAUCAGCCGUGCCCUUACUGCAGCAAAGAAGGAUAAUGACUUCAUUUAUCAUGAUCGAGUUCCAGACCUUAAAGAUCUAGAUCCCAUUGGCAAAGCCACACUUGUGAAAUCUACCCCUGUCAAUGUACCUAUCAGCCAGAAAUUUACUGAUCUGUUUGAGAAGAUGGUUCCCGUGUCAGUUCAACAGUCUCUGGCUGCCUACAACCAGAGGAAAGCUGAUUUGGUUAACAGAUCAAUCGCUCAAAUGAGAGAAGCCACGACUUUGGCAAAUGGGGUAUUAGCUUCACUUAAUCUUCCAGCAGCAAUUGAAGAUGUAUCUGGAGAUACAGUACCUCAGUCUAUAUUGACUAAGUCCACAUCUGUGAUUGAACAGGGAGGCAUCCAGACUGUUGAUAAGUUGAUCAAAGAACUACCUGAACUACUACAAAGAAAUAGAGAAAUCCUAGAUGAGUCAUUAAGACUACUGGAUGAAGAAGAAGCAACAGACAAUGACUUAAGAGCAAAAUUCAAGGAACGCUGGCAAAGGACAGCAUCCAAUGACCUCUAUAAGCCUUUGAGAGCAGAGGGAAGCAACUUCAGAACAGUUUUAGAUAAAGCUGUGCAAGCUGAUGGACAAGUGAAAGAACGUUAUCAGUCUCAUCGUGACACCAUUGCGCUUCUGUGUAAGCCGGAGCCCGAGCUGAAUGCUGCCAUCCCUUCUGCUAACCCAGCAAAGACCAUGCAGGGCAGCGAGGUUGUUAAUGUCUUAAAAUCCUUAUUGACAAAUCUCGAUGGCGUAAAGAAGGAGAGAGAAGGCCUUGAGAAUGACCUGAAAGCCGUGAAUUUUGACAUGACAAGCAAGUUUUUAACAGCUCUGGCUCAAGAUGGUGUGAUAAACGAAGAAGCUCUUUCUGUUACUGAACUGGAUCGAGUCUAUGGAGGUCUUACGUCUAAAGUGCAGGAGUCGCUGAAGAAGCAGGAGGAGCUUCUUAGAAGUAUUCAGGUCUCACACCAGGAAUUUUCAAAAAUGAAACAGUCUAACAAUGAAGCUAACCUAAGAGAAGAAGUUUUGAAGAAUUUGGCUGCUGCUUAUGACAACUUUGUUGAACUCGUAGCUAAUUUGAAGGAGGGCACCAAGUUUUACAAUGAGCUGACGGAAAUUCUGCUCAGGUUCCAGAACAAAUGCAGUGAUAUAGUGUUUGCACGGAAGACAGAAAGAGAUGAACUCUUAAAGGACUUGCAGCAGAGCAUUGCCCGAGAACCUAGUGCUCCUUCAAUCCCUACGCCUGCCUAUCAGUCCUCUCCAGCAGGGGGACACGCGCCAGCUGCUCCGACCCCAGCCCCGAGGACCAUGCCGCCUACAAAGCCCCAGCCCCCUGCCCGGCCUCCACCUCCUGUGCUUCCAGCAAAUAGAACUCCUUCUGCCUCUGCUCCGGCUCCUGUGGGAACUGGAACCCCAGUACCUGCUCCAUCUCAAACCCCUGGCUCGGCCCCUCCUCCACAGGCCCAGGGCCCACCAUACCCCACCUAUCCAGGAUACCCUGGGUAUUGCCAAAUGCCCAUGCCCAUGGGCUAUAAUCCUUACGCGUACGGCCAGUAUAACAUGCCCUACCCUCCAGUGUACCACCAGAGCCCGGGACAGGCUCCGUUCCCAGGACCCCAGCAGCCUUCCUACCCCUUCCCUCAGCCCCCACAGCAGUCCUACUAUCCACAGCAGUAACCGGUCCGCUCGGAAGCUCAGCUGGUUCCGUUCAGAGGGAGAGCAGUGCCAGCCCUGCACUAAGUGCUAAACUCCACGCUCCGGUCAAUACACGUACUCUGCUGUACUGAGUGCUGUAUCAUUCCCGUCUGCUAAGAGCUAGGAGCUGCCCAGUUCCACAUUUGAUUGCACAUGUGAGAUUUGCUGCAGUUGCAGUAUAAACACUAAGUAUAAUAGGAUUUGAAAUAAAUUAAGUUCCUAAAAGUUGAAAAUGAGAAAUUAAACCUGCAAGCAAAGUAUUUGAAAUUACUAUUCUUUCUACAGAAGACAUGGGUGGACAUCAGGUACUUAUAAAAAUGGUUUAAGUACUGAUAUUCAAGAAACCUAAGUUUUCUUUCUCCUUUGGUUUAUUGAUUGGGUUUAAUUUCCAGUAUGCUAUUUUGAGUAAUCAAAGCAUUGUAAAUCUUAUAAUUUAAAAAUAAAUUACUUAAGAACAGUUGUCAUUGUUAUGUUUUGUCAUUGAUUCUCAUUGCUGUCUAAUUUCUUUCUGCUUUUAGUCUUGCAUUUUGUAUGUUCAUCAGUUAAACCAGAUACUCUGUUUAAGUGCAUGAGUAGUACAAGUUACUAGUAAGGUUCAAGGGUAUUUUAUAGGAAAACCAAAAGAAUAGUGCCAUAAAAUAUUUUUCCUUUGCUGAUUAGUAAAUUGAUUUUGAUGUUUAAUUUCAAAACUCCUAUAAUAUGGAAGAAACAGUUGCUACCAAAGAUUCUUCAAAUAAAUAUAUAUUUACUAUUUUAUGGUUAAUCUCUCCAAGAAAUUAAUGCAUAUUCUGACAGAUAAUUCACUCUUUUUCCAUAACCUGGUUAAAAUAAAUCCGUGUCAUGGCAGCACUUUGUGAUGACUGGCAUUGUUUGGAGAGAGUGACUGUACCUUGUGUUCCUUUUUUCUACCUUACUGUCUUAACAGUGACAUUCAGUGCACAAUGUGUGUGAGUAGACCUUAAGCCCCUUGGUUUUAAUUUUGCACCUAAAAAGAUGGAACGAUUUUCUAGUUCAGGGAGCACACAAAGCAGUUGCUAGGAACCUAGGCCACUUUUGGAAUAGGCUGUGUGUUUAAUGCUGAUCUCUGGUUGGUGUACCCAGUCACUGUGUAGACCUCAGUAAAAAUGCUGAAGACGUGCGCUCCGCAGGGAGCAGAGGAGAAGAGCUGAGUUGUCCAGCUUCACAGCGGGGUCCCUCUGCGUGAGCGCGUUAGGAGUUGGAGCAGAUUUCCCAUGAGUCUGUGUUUCUUCACUGAGUUUCAAUGCUGACCUUUUUUUUUUUUGCCUUAUUGUUUGAUUUAAAUGAUGCUGUCACUUGGUCCACUGUUGUUUUCGUUGACAGUUUGGAUUUAUAUUUUAAAUGUUAGACUGAUGGUGUGAUUGUAAAAGGGAGUAAAUUGGUUUAAAAACGUGUAUAUUUUUAAAAAUCCUUGUUGUAUGUAGAAAACAUGAAGACCUGUUAAAUUCAAUGCAGAUAACCUUUGAUUACAUGCAAUUUUAACAUUGGUUGACAGUCUGAUAGUUGAACCUUGCUUGGCAAGAAUAGUUUUCUUAUAUAUCAUUGCUAAGUUUUAAUACUUUGGAUUCAUCAAAGUUUAAGAUGGGUUUGACUAUUGUGUAAAUGACAAUUAAGAUCUACGUUCUUGUUACUUGAGGUGUCAUAUAAAACAGCCAGUGAAAGUUAGGAGUAUUCCAAAUUGCUAGUUUUUUAAUUCUCACUUGUGGAGAAAAAAGAAAAAAAAAUAAUAAAAAUGGCCUGAAUAUUCUCUUGGGGAAAGAGAGCGCUACAGGAAAGGGCGAGUGCGUCCCAGGGCCAAAGAGAGGGGUGAGGCCUGCCAGCCCGGCCCAGUGCUGGGCGCUGGGCGCUGGGCGCUGGGCCACCGGGGGCCCCUCUGAAGCCCUGGGGAGGAGCCCUGCAGCCCCUCCAGGCAGCUGCUCCCAGCAAACGGACUGUCAGCAAGGCCUUGUCCCAUGUGGCAGCCUAGACCCACCCCUCCUGUCCGCCCUCUCGUCCUGUAAGUUGUCGCUACGUUCUUGGUCACCCAUGUCCAGCAGAGAUGACCAGGUUUCAGCUGGGUUCACCUUCGUAGACUGGUGGUUCUGUUAAGGUGACUCAGGGAAGGAAGCUUCUCUCCUGUCUGCAGACAAGGAAGCCGUCUGGUUUUUGGUGUCGCUAAACUUCCUAAUGCGUUGCUUAGCUUCCCAUGGUCCACAAAAUACCCCAAGUUUUGUUAUGGAUAAUGCUGUUCAUUUGGAAGUAGGGUUCCACUCUGGAGUUCAGGUUUGUUGUAUACACGUUAAUAAUUCAGGCUUUUAGAAGUUACUGGCCUAAACUAAAGAAACCGUGCCCAGUCCCUUGGUGUUGGGCUUUGAAAUCCUAUUUUCAGUGGACCGCGCUUCAAAUGCUGAGUGUAGAGGAACUAUCAGAAGUGGGAAAAGAGCUGUCUGCCUCUGUUUCUGGUUCCUGGGAGGGGCCAGGUGGCCUGCCUUCCCAGGCUGGUGCAAAGCCCUGGUGCACGGGGAGCUACCUCUGUGCCCCCUGGUCUUCAUUCUCAGCUCAGAGGAGCAGGCUUAUGUCCCUGCAAGUCAGCGUGUGUGGGAGCUGUCCCGGUGCCUGUACUACCGCUUCCUGGCAGUUUAUAUGCCUCACCCUCUCACCCCCACGUCUAGGAGUUGCAGAGAGAAAGAUGGGUUUCAUACAGCCUUGUGUUCCUCAUAGGCUAGUCAGCAGCCUUUCUAGUGAAAGCCGAUUUAAAAAAAAUGUUUUCCAUUAGAGCUUUGCAGUUCGCAAAAGUGCUUUGUAUCCAUUUUCUAGUUUCAUAAGCAGGAUAAAAUAUCAUUUAUUAAGUAGGUUUCAGUUUGCUAAUGUGGGUUUUGUUUGUUUUUUAUGAUGGGUGUCUCUUGAAGAAUCUUGCUAGAACCUUAGUGGCAUCUCCUUUUAAAAAACAGACUUGCAAUUAUUAGUUGAUUCACAGUAUAGAACAGGAUAGAAAACAGAAGAAAAAACCCAGCCCUGCCACAGUGUUGUAAUUGCUGGUUUAAAAAUAGACUUUAGAACUAACUGGUUGAUUAUAAUAUUUACAUGGAAGAGCAAAGAAGGAAAAAUUAUAUUUUUAAAGAAAGAGAAUAUUCAGGCUUUAUUUCUGGUAUGAAGUUUAUAUUUUUUAAAAAAAGUCCUAUAUUAUCACACCAGAGAUUUUAGAUUCUUUUCUGGUUACAAACAUUGCUGGUAGUUGGAUUAUAUUUUUAUUGUAUUCAUUUCUCUUAGGGGGAAAAUUGUAAAGAAACAAAAAGGUUCCAGAUGAAUGUACCCUAGAAAUAAAAGUUGAAAGAUUCUUA